AUGGAACAAGUAUUUCAAAAAUUCCAGAAAGCUGGCAAAAAUACCGUCGAUGAGCUUAUCAAAUGGAUGAAGGAUGCUAAAGUGAUCGACGCUACCAAAGAUGCAGAGGGCAAAGUUCGUCAACUCUUCGGCAACGAGAAUAAAGACAACGUGUCACUCGAAAAAUUCAAGGAGGUAGUUCAAAAACUUGCAACUGAUCAGAAGAAGAAUCUUGAAGAAAUAAACAAGAACUUGAUUUCACAAGGCAACAAAGCGGUGGAUAUGUUGAAAGCAGGUGCAAGUGCACUCAAAGAUAAAUUCAUGAAAUAA